UGCAAAUAAGGCAAAGGAAGAGGAGAGAGAAUAUAUCGAUUUACGGCAAGAAAAGCAAAAGGACUAUAAACGGGGAGGCCCUCUCACGCAACGUGUGCAAUUAUAUAAAAAUUUGUAUAUCUAGUAAAAUGUCAAUACAUAUGUAGUUAUUUUUCACUAACAACUCGAUAAAUGAUUGAAAUUGGAACCGGCAAGGGAGACACGCAAAAUGAGAGAGAGAAGAUGCUGUGAUACGCCUACUGGCUGUGAUAGAGGGAGGGGGUGAUACGGUAAAGAUGGUUGUUUUGCAAGGGGUGCGUGCAUCUUUCUUCAAAACAAAUCGCUACAAUGUAGCUGUUGGACGUAUAACAUAUAUUUUCACUUUACAAAGAAAAUUCAAAAAUGAUCCGAUUUUGACAGACGUGGAUAGAUACAGGCGAACCACAGUGUAUGGCAGCACUUGUGCGGCUAACUCGAAGAAAACAUGCUGCUCCACUUGUGAUAACCGGCCUGACAGUGAAUACCAUUUACAUCAGUCUGCAUUGAACUAUAAGGACGUUUUAUGUUGCAAUACAUUGUUUGAAUGAAUGGAUGUAGCAGGUUGAAUAUAGACAAGAAAUGGUGCAGUCAACACGAACGUUGAUAAAUAUCUAUACAUGAUUGUUGCUGUCAAACUGAAAUAGCAAUUAGUACUUGUUAUGCUAUGUGGAUUGACCAAUGUAUCACAAACGAAGCUAGUUAAAACCUGAAAACUGACAUAUAGGCCAACCAUGUUAUCAUUCUUGUCAUACUUGUUAUCGUGAUAGGUGUUGCUAUUUUGAGUUUAGGCCAGUGCAUAACAUGAUAUUUGUUCCAUCCAAUCCAUUUACUCAGCUGUUGAUUGUUCAGUUUCAAUAUAAGACGUCUAUAUUCACCAAGAAGUAAAACCUCACAAAUCAGUGAAGGUAGUAGGUUUUGUCUGGGAAGGUGAAAUAUAUCCCACAAUUCUUAAUUCAGGAUUUAUCCUGCCUUGAACUCAGACUGGAGUUAUAGGUCUACAUCUCAAAGUAGCAUAGCAAUCUUUUCCUAACCAUUACUUGCCAUUGUUAUACAGACUUCCUUUUUUAUUUGGGGACACUAAUUCGUGAAAUUCACCAAGAUAUAGAGCUAGUUAUCAACAUUGGUCACUAUAAGUUCUAGUCGAUAGUUAGAGCAGUAUGAGUAAGGAACUGUCACUAACUCAGACAGCUCAAUAUGUUGGGCCAUAUCGAAUGGAAAAAACACUGGGAAAGGGCCAGACAGGCUUGGUGAAGCUUGGAGUUCACUGCAUUACAGGACAGAAGGUGGCCAUCAAAAUAGUCAACAGGGAGAAGCUGUCAGAGUCAGUUCUGAUGAAGGUGGAGAGGGAGAUUGCCAUCCUGAAGCUGAUUGAGCAUCCGCAUGUGUUGAAGUUGCAUGACGUUUACGAGAAUAACAAAUAUCUGUACCUGGUGUUAGAGCAUGUGUCAGGUGGGGAGUUAUUUGAUCUGGUGAAGAAAGGUAGGCUGACACCUAAAGAGGCCAGGAAGUUCUUCCGACAAAUCAUAUCGGCCCUGGACUUCUGUCACAGUCAUUCUAUCUGUCACAGAGACCUGAAGCCGGAGAACCUGCUCCUGGAUGAGAAGAACAACAUCCGCAUCGCAGACUUCGGCAUGGCCUCCCUACAGCUGGGGGACAGCCUGCUGGAGACCAGCUGUGGAUCCCCACACUAUGCCUGUCCAGAAGUGAUCCGGGGAGAAAAGUAUGAUGGUCGCAGGGCAGAUGUGUGGAGCUGUGGAGUCAUCCUUUUUGCUCUGCUGGUGGGCGCCUUACCAUUUGACCAUGACAACCUGCGUCAGCUCCUUGAGAAGGUGAAGAGCGGGGUGUUUCACAUGCCUCACUUCAUCCCACCAGACUGCCAGGCACUGCUCAAAGGCAUGAUCGAGGUUGACCCCGACAAGAGACUUAAGCUAGAUGCCGUCCAGAAGCACUCCUGGUAUCAGUCGGGUCGUAACGAGCCAUGUCCCGAGCAGCCCCCUCCCAGGCAUGUGUAUAUGGGGCACAUCCUGUGUUUGACCGAGCUGGACCCGGACUUGCUGGACAGCAUGCACUCUCUGGGCUGCUUUAGAGACAGCGGGAAACUCACGUGCAACCUGCAGUGUGAAGAAGACAACCAGGAGAAGAUGAUCUACUAUCUCCUGUUGGACAGGAAGGAGCGUUACCCCAGUUACGAGGAUGAAGAUCUGCCGCCCCGAAAUGACGUAGCUGACCCCCCUCGUAAGCGUGUGGACUCUCCCAUGCUGACACGUCACAGCCGCUGCCGCCCGGAGAGAAAGAGCCUGGAGGUGUUGAGUGUGACCGAGCAGGGGUCUCCCACCCCACCACGCAGGGCCCUGGACACGGCCGCAAACGGCCAUAGGUCUCGCUCAGUCAGUGGGGCGUCCACCGGCCUUUCUUCCAGCCCUCUCAGCAGUCCCAGGGUUACUCCCCAGGGCUCUCCGCUGCCCACCCCCAUGGGCACCCCCGUCCACCACCCCUCCUCCAACCCUCCCUCAAACUCCUCCUCCUCGUCCUCCUCCUUGCGGGUGGAGGGAGGCGGAGGGGUGGGCUCCCUGUCCCUGACUCCUCCCUCCAGCCCCGGUGGGGGCGGCAUGGCAGCUAGCAGCUCCGCCCACUGGAGGACCCGCCUCAACUCGUUCAAGAACAACCUGCUGGGCUCGCCCCGCUUCCACCGCCGCAAGAUGCAGGUGCCCACAUCAGAGGAUAUGUCCAGGCUGACCCCUGAGUCCAGCCCUGAGCUGGCUAAGAAGUCGUGGUUUGGGAACUUCGUCAGCCUGGAGAAGGAGGAGCAGAUCUUUGUGGUGAUCAGAGACAAGCCGCUAAGCUCUGUGAAAGCAGACAUCGUCCACGCCUUCCUCUCUAUCCCCUCCCUCAGCCACAGCGUCAUCUGCCAGACCAGCUUCAGGGCCGAGUACAAGACUUCCGGCGGCCCCUCCGUCUUCCAGAAGCCUGUUGAGUUCCAGGUGGACAUUGCCUUCUCCGAGGGAGAGAGAGAGCGGGAUAGGGAGAAAACAGAGAGAGAAGGCAAGAGAGAGACAGGCAUCUACAGUGUGACAUUCACCCUCAUAUCAGGUCCUAGUCGCAGGUUCAAACGAGUGGUGGAGACCAUUCAGGCCCAGCUUCACAGCUCCCAUGAUCAGCCCGUGGGGGUCUCUGACCCCUUCCCAGAUGAGAAGAACAAUCGGCCCCACGGGACCCCCACUCUCCAGAGCUCCCGCCGCUCCGAGGGCGGAGGUGAUCGGUGUGAGUGGGGCGAGAGAGGCGACGGAGGAGGCAUCGGAGGCAGUGAGGGGGUCCUACAACGCAGAGGCUCUGGGAAGGAGAGGACCCAGCUACUGUCCUCCAACGGAACACAGUCCCAACCCUGAGAGAGAGAGAGAGACCAGUCGGGUAGCAGGUGUCCAAGCGCCAUUGGGGGAAAAAAGAAGACAAAUUGUCAAACAAAACCUCACACCCUCACAAACCGUGAUAUAUCUCCCAUUCUGCCCCGAGAAGAUGUCUCAACAAGUUGCUUUAAGCCCGAACACAUGCUGUCGUUUUUUUCUGUGUUGAAAUGUACAUUCAUUCAGUGAAUCAAGCAGGGAUCCAAUCCAGACCAGUAAUAAAACGUUUUUUUUAAAUGUCAAAAGGGAUUCAUGGAUGAGCUAGACACAUCAAAGGUCAAACUAGGAACUUUGCAGAAGCUCUAGUUUGCAUGGCAGUUAGCAAGUCAUUGUGCAAAAAUAUGUUUAAAAGUGACAAUAUGUAAAUUCACAUAGAAAUUUGAGUUAUAGAUCUAUCAUUCUACGUGGAAGCAAGUCUAAGAAGCGGUAGAUCUGUUCUGUGUGCAAUUUCUAUGCUUCCUGUUCUUAAGUUUUGUUUUUUGUUUUUGUGUCUUUUACUUUAGUUUUUUUUUACUGUACACCAGCUUCAAGCAGCUGUUUAGAUGGUAACAUUAUUCUCUACACGAUACUAACUUAUUUUGUCACAAACUGAAAGUUGGCAAACUGUUAGUGUUUUAGCAACCAGGAAAUGGCAGAGUGAUAUCUGCAGAGUGCAACUUCAAUAUAGAUGAUAAGAUCUGCUAGCGUACCAUGGAUGGUCCCGGAAAUCGAACCCAUUAUCCUGGCGUUACAAACGCCAUACUAUACCAACUGAGCUACAGAGGACCAAACCAAUAACUCAAGCCAAAAGAUAAGAACGCUUUGAACAAUCUUGUGACGGUUCUCAAAAUUACAGAACUCCCCCCUCCCCUGUACCUUUACCGCUCAGCAGCAAAGGAAACCUGAUGAAUACCUUGAUGUGCCCAACAUUGUACAUACAUUUACUCAAAAGACAAUGAAAGAUGAUGGAGACAUGUAGAACCCUCUUGCUUAUUAUCACAAACCACCCAUUCCAGAAGAUAGAACCUGCUGCCAAUUCAGCGAAUGAGUUUGAUAACACCUAAAGAUCCUGCUUUAAAAUUGAGAAAUUAUGUCCUUGAAAAAAAUACAUGUAAACUUUGUCUUCUGUUGUCAAGAAAUACGAAUUAAGCUAAAUUGAAUGUGAAGAAUAUUUUUUUUAAUUUAGGUUUAGUUAAGAUGAUUUAUAUAUUGAUUUCAGGGAUGUCGACACUCAGCGAAGAUAUAGGAGAGAAGAAUGACAUCGGGAAGAAUUGACAUCUUGGACAUACAGUAUCUGCUCCAGCAUCUGAAUGUGGAACCCAAGCCGAUGGGAAUUUAAAAGGUCAGAACGAAGUUGCCAUUGAGGUAUUUUGGAAUUAUUUUUGUAUUUUCUUUUUUUCUCAGAGUCAAAUACACCCAUACGUAGAAUGUAUGCACACAUGACUGUAAGUCGCUUUGGAUAAAAGCGUCAGCUAAAUGGCAUAUAUUAUUAUUAUUAUAUAUUAUUACAAUGUAACCAAGAUGUAUUCAUUGGAAACCUUUUGCUCUGAAGAAAAGUAUUUUUGAUUUGAUGAGAAAUAUGAAAAUAUAUUUUAAAAGACAUGGGCAAGCAGUUGGAUUGGACCACUGUUUGUCCGUGACUCAAUAAUGAACCAAGUGAUAGAUCCUCUGCACCCAUGUCCACCUUACUAUCUCCACUCAACAAGCAUGAUGAUCAUGUAUCACAACAGUAUUAUGUGAUAGAGACUAGACACAUUACCAGUCUUUCUUACUGCACAAUAUGCAACAGAUGCAGAAUGUUUCCUUGUAAUGUAUUUAUGUAUUUAUUUACUUGUUUUAUUUACUGUAUGUAUUUAUUAAUAUAUUAUUUAUUUAGGAAAUUCAUAUUGCACCAACAAAUACUGUACCAGUAAAAGUUUGGACACCCCUACUUAUUCCAGGGAAUAAUGGUGAAGACUAUAAAAUAACACAUAUGGAAUCAUGUAGUUAGCAAAAAAAGUGUUAAACAAUUCCAAAUAUAUUUUCGAUUUUAGACUGAAGAAUGUACAUUUUGAUUUGUUGAACACUUUUUUUGCUUACUACAUGAUUCCACGUGUGUUAUUUCAUAGUUUUGAUGUCUUCACUAAUUAUUCUACAACGUAGAAAAUAGUAAAUAUAAAGAAAAACCCUUGAUGAGUCGACGUUCCCAAACAUUUGACUGGUACUGUACUACAGGAUCUAAUGCACUUUAUAUCUUUGAUUUCUUUCUCUUUCCCAUGACACCAAUAUUGUUUUAAGAUCAUGAACUUUGAACUAUUACACUCCUUUCCACCUUUCUGUCUAAAUGUUAGAUUCUAUUGUAUGAGUUAGUUAUAAACACUGAGGAUACCAAACAUUAGGAACACCUUCCAAAUAUUGAGUUGCACCCCCCCCCCUUUUUCCCAUGAUAACAGCCUCAAUUCGUUGGGACAUGGACUCUACAAGGUGUCGCAAGCAUUCCACAGGGAUGCUGGCCCAUGUUGACUCCAAUGCUUCCCACAGUUGAGUCAAGUUGGCUGGAUGGCCUUUGGGUGGUGGACCAUUCUUGAUACACAGAGGAAACUGUUGACCGUGAAAAACCCAGCAGUGUUUCAGUUUUUGACACAUACUGGUGCGCCUGGCACCUACUACCAUACCCCGUUCAAAGACCCUUAAAUCUUUUGUCUUGAACAUUCACCCUCUGAAUGGCGCAAUUCAUGUCUCAAUUGUCUCAAGGCUUAAAAAUCCUUCUUUAACCUGUCUCCUCCCCUUCAUCUACACUGAUUGAAGUGGAUUUAACAUGUGACAAUAAGGGAUCAUAGCUUUCACCUGGAUUCACCUGGUCAGUCUAUGUCAUGGAAAGAUAAAUAAAAAUGUUUUGUAUA